GUGGGAGUCCGAGGAGAACACGUCGUAGUUCUGGCCGUCGAAAAGAAGUCUGUCGCAAAGCUUCAGGAGGAACGAACCGUGCGCAAGAUAUGCAGCCUUGACGAACAUGUGGUGAUGGCCUUCGCUGAAAUACACGCAGAGUAACGGACGACGUCCGUUCGGCAUCUCAGCGUUGAUAGCCGGGUUCGACAUUGACGGGAGUCCGCAUCUCUACCAGACGGAACCUUCCGGAACGUACCACGAGUGGAAGGCGAACGCGACGGGGAGGAGUGCUAAGACGGUGCGGGAAUACCUGGAGAAGCACUACAAUGAGGAGGUGGCGGCAAGCGAGGCGGAGACGGUCAAGCUGGCGGUCAAGGCUCUGCUGGAGGUCGUGCAGUCGGGAGGCAAGAACAUCGAGCUGGCGACGAUGAAGCGAGGCGAGGCGCUGAAGAUGCUAGAACCGGAAGAGAUUGAGAAGGUGGUAGCGAUCAUAGAGAAGGAGAAGGAGGAGGAGGCAGAGAAGAAGAAACAGAAGAAGUAGGAGUUUUGCCACCGCCGCUGCUGCUGUUUACUUCUAGAUGGCAGACGUUUCAUAUGGGUUCCAAUAAUUAUAAGAGACCCGGUAAGAGGUUUCUUUUAAGGUGCAGUCUCAAACUGCAGUAUCCACACUGCAAGUGUUUUGAACUGCAGUCUCAAGAACUUUUUCUCCGAGUGAUGAUAUUUGCUAGCAGUGAAAAGGAGGGCGAGGAUGGAGAGAGAGAGAGAGAGGG